UCAAGCCCGCUAGUCACUAAGCAUAAGGUGAACCGCAGUCGGAAUAAUUACUACCUCGUACUACCUUGUCGAAUACUGUUAAACGAGACGGUGUACUUAGUGAGACAACAUGAAUUUUCAAGCAUUUGUGCUGUUUUCGAUAUUGGGCUUAAUCGGAUGUCAGUCUCUAAACGACUUGGACUUGAACGAACUCGAGAAGACAAUCAAAGAAAAUGGCGGGCCAGAUAUGAGCGGGUUGGAGGGCAAGUUGAACGACACAAAGCUUAAUGUCGAACAAGUCGAAAAAGUCUUACGAGAAAAAUGUGAAAAGCAGGGUGCUGGUGAUGCCGUCGAGUCCUUGAAGGGACAACAGGAACAACUGAAAAAUUGUGUCACGACUCACGUCAACGCUUCCCAAAUACAAGAUGAAUUGGAGGAGGCCAAAAAAACCGGUUCGAUGGACGAAGUGUUCGCAAAAUAUUGUAAAAAAUGGCCGGACGUUUACCAGUGCGUCGAGAACGUCACGUCGACAGUUAGACAAUGCAUGAGCGAUCAAGAAGAAAAGGCAUUCAACAAAAGUUUGAAUAUAAUGCAGGAGCUUCAGGAGUUUAUGUGUUUUAAGGAUGGCGACCGACUUGCCAUGUUUGUCGCUGAAGGAGGAGUCGAAUGCGUUCAAGAACAAAGAGAGGGAAUACAAAAUUGCGUAAACAAGACGGUGGGCAGCAGAUUCCCAUCUCCUGAUGAGUUUUCUGUUACAAAUUUGCCAACAUUUUUAUUUUCUGAACAAGAUUGCGGCGAUUUUGAUACCGUCAGACAUUGCAUCAUCCAAGAACUAGAUAAGUGCAAGGAUACAACUCCGUCCAAUAUUGUGGAUGCAUUCUUUAAGUUUUUGAAGAAACAAAUGCCCUGUGAGAAAAAGGUCCUAGAAGUCAAAGAGGCCUCACCGCAAACCAGCAGUUCAUCAACAUUUUUUAUUUCCAGCUCUAUGCUAUACGUCAUUUUUAUUUACAGACUGUUGAACUGGUAGAUUAUUAGGGCAUGCAGUGUCGCGUAGAUGUGAUUAAUUUCUGAGUGUUACUGGUGUGUUACAUUCGAGUUUUAAGUGUUUUUACGUUUUUAUUUUUCUACAACCAAAUCAUGUUCAGAUUAUUUAAUUUUAUCUAUCUGCGAUUUCGUCUGUAGGUAAGUUUCUUAUAUAUAGGUUUCCUUAUUUAUAUAGUGAGCGAAGAUAUUUAAUAUUCCCAAAGAUUGCUUAAAAAUGUUGUACAAAUAACAUCCGUUAAAUUAUAUAUACUUAGUUUUUGAUUGUGAUAUUAGUUUGUUUGGUAAAUUGUUUAUAAAAAUAAAAGACAUCUGUACUGUA